CCGGAACUGCACCUUUCUUAUAGCUUUUCAGCUCUGACGCGUCUGGAAACCUCUGAACUUACCCAUUCUCAACCUCAAUGGCCCGUAAACAUUCCAUGAAGCAGCUUAAAAACAAGUUGAAACAGGUACGAAAGCCUGAUAUGAAAGCCCUUGAACUUCAACAGCGAAAAAAGACGCUUGAACGCAAAUUGAACAAAAAAGAUCAAACGCGAAGGUAUUGUCCCCCGUUUCGACGAGAUCAUGUAUUUUUAUUAGUAGGAGAAGGAAACUUUUCGUUCGCAAAGUCGAUGAUGCUUCAUCAUGUAGACGAGAAAGGUUCUCUCAUUGCAACGAGCUUCGACUCAAAGGAACAAGUCCAGGAGAAGUAUCCGGAUGCUGCUGGACACAUACAGGCCAUUGAGGAACGAGGAGGGUUCGUUUAUCAUGGGGUCGAUGCAAGACAGUUGCACAAGAACAAGCAACUGCGUUCUAAACGCUUUGACACGAUUCUCUGGAACUUUCCUCAUACCGGAAGAGGAAUCAAGGACCAAGAUCGUAAUAUUCGUGAGCAUCAAAAUCUCAUGCUCGAAUUCUUGCAGAGCGCUGAAAAGUUGCUUAGCAAUCAAGGUGUUGUCGUUGUAACAUUAGCUGAAACCAAGCCUUAUACUUUAUGGAAUUUACGUCAGUUGGCCAAAAGCUGUGGUUUAAUGAGUCUAAUGUCGGAAAAGUUUGACUCGUCUUACUACCCCGAAUAUGAGCAUCGUCGUACUGUUGGUUGGAUUGAUGGAAUUAGUGAGCUCUCUCCGUGGAAAGGAGAGCUUCGGGACUCUCGACACUACUGUUUCGUUCCAAAGGGCAGCAGCGUGAAGCCGUACAAUCAGUUUUCCAGUCGUCGUCCUACGAUCACAGAUGAUGGCGGAGGAACAGGUACAGAUGAGGACUAUGAGAACUUUUAAGAAUUUCUCUGGUCAACUUGAACUCGAGUUAGUUAGUCGAUUCAGUCGGUGCAGUGUACGGCUCUCGCAUUUUUCGCAAACUCGUAAAUCUCGCCUCAGCGUGGUUGUCGAUCCUUGGGGACUUCACUUGGUCUGUGAUCAACAUGAAAUGUUUCUUACGGUAAGUCAAUGACAACCAACAGCCGACGUCGCUUCACUUGCUUCACCUGUUCGGUUCCUUCUUUGCUCUCGACACCGCGCUUUUCUCUCAACUAGCAAUUCUUUUAUUGACAAAUUGUACUACUACCGCGGCCACCCAAACCUUUUACUUAAUCUCUAUCAGCUACUUUAUUACCAGUCUUACCUAUCAAGACACUACAGCAGCAAUAUCAGCUCCUGUAGUCCUAUAUUACUACACCAUCUUGGAUGGUCUACUCACGAAGCAGCUGAUCAGGCUGGUGCCAACGUCAUAAGAAUUGACCACCUACUUACACCGUACCUCACUACAUAAUUUUUAUUUGACGAAACUCUGUGGAUUUGCUGUCAAUUAGCUGCCAAUUUGCGCCUGGAGGAAUUUUUUCGGUCUUGUUAUUGUUGAUU